AGCACAUGUGAAAAAAUGUCAAGUAGCUAUUAAUGCCUUUAUACAUUUGACCCGCAUUUUUCAGCUUGCCGCACGCUUUGACUAUGAUAGCAAUAUGGGCCCUAUUUUGGUAGGCUGGCGCCUGUGAGCUCAAUGUGAAAAUGCACGUAACUUAUUUUCAUGCCAGGAUAAUGCUUUGGUUCAGCUUGUUUGUAAAUUUGGUAGAUGCACUCCACCUCACCGGGCAUUCUUGCCACGCCUACCAGCGCAUCUGCAAAUUGGGUUAUAAUAAGUAGACUGGAUUUUAAACACACACAAAGCAGGUUUAAAUCGAAGCGCAGGUGGUGUAAUGUGAUUUUGGUGUAUUUGAUCAAGGCGCAGGCAGACAAAUUCAGCACUCUGCGGAUGUGUGUGGCGGAGAUCAUGUAAUUCCAUUUAUAAAUAUGACAUUAGCAUGGGACAAUAACUGGGUGGGGUGGUCACAUGGAUGCAAGAUCAGGGGUGCAAGGGGGUCUCUAAUUGCCCAUAUCACAUGCAUGGCCGACCACAUGAUCGGCAAAAGAAAAAGCUGGCAGUGGCACACUCACGGUAGUUGAAUGUGUGUCAACCGUCACAUUUAUGUUGCACACUGUUUUUUUUGAAGGGGGUAGGGGGGCUGUUAAACAAACCAUGACUUUAAUGAGAAUCUUGUUCAAUGUCUGCAACUGCUCCAGAUAGUCAGAGUGCAUAAAAGGAAGCAAAGCCACUCAAUUAAUCGGUUGGACCCAAUUCUGUGUGUGUGUGUGUGUGUGUAUGCUGUGAUGAAUGAAGAUGUUUUCGCAUGGGUGUGUGAGUGGUAAGAUGUGAAACGAUGUAUCGUAAAGAGACAUUUGCUCAUGGGCCAACUCCAUGAAUACAAAUUCCAGAAAGGACGGGUACACCUUGCGUCUGCUGCCUAAUAGUGAACAGGCGGUGCCCACUUUUUCUUUUUUUUCCUUCUUCCAUCCAAUCACAAAUGCAAACUGCGCUGACUUCAUGGGCACUGACUCAUCCAUUCAUACAUUUGAGUUUAUUAUUUAUUAUAAACGAAUGCCAUUCAGAGUUAUGGGGGCCACAUAUUUAUAAUGAGGGAGCCAUUGUCCCACAGCAAUGGCGCUACUGAAACGCAGCAGGUGAGUUUGUCAUGGGAGGGAGAGAAAAAAGCUAAAUUGUUACUUUGUGUAAUGUCAUGUGCUGGUUUAGUUGGUUCAUCCCCAUGUGACAUCAUCAUAAGGGUAUAAAUGGCUGGAAAAAAGUUAAACUGAUGGUCACUUUUGAAGCAGCAAAGAGAGCAAGUGUAUGUGUGUGUGUGUGUGUGUGUGUCUGUGUGUGUGAGAGAAAAAGAGAGAGAAAGAGAGAGAGAGAAAGGGGGAGGAGACAGCAAAGGAAGGGAGCAGGACAAUAUAGUAAAAGGGUUGAGGUCCAACAGGGAGUUGAUUCAUUCACUCACACUCAUGCAGCUUCUUUGCAUGCACACACAUUAGCACCUGCACAGUGUUUUAAGCAACACACGCGGGAAGAAAGUGUACAUUUGGAUACGACAUGGAGGGAGUAUUACACAACAUAGUUGAAGAGUAUUUACAUGACAGACUUAUACUUGCUCUAGUUCAGAAAAGCUAGACAAGAGUCCACACAAGACUUGACACAAUCCAAUCUGUCCAAAGGAGCAGAAGGGAGAACCGAGGGAUCGGAACACUGGAGCUCAAGGAUAAGCCAUGGACACUGUGUACAUCCCAACCCACCUGGAGGUCCACCAUGCUCCUUGCUAACCUCCUGCUCCUCAUGGUCCUGCCGCUACCUCAAGCCUCGUCCGGUGGCCAGGGUGACACCGGCGAGGUCGACAAUGGCAGGCUAGCCGGCGCGUCGCCGGCCACCUCGAAUCCCCUGCCGAUUGGGUCCCGCCCACAGCCGGGCCUGACUCAGACCAUCCAGAGUCUCUUGCUGAGCCGCCUGGGCCUGCAGUCACAGCCCAACCCUCGGCCCGGCGCGCCGAUCCCUCAGUACCUCAUGGAUCUGUACCGCUUCCACCAGCAGCAGUACCACCUGCUGGAGGACCCAACAUUCAGCUUCCCCAGCCAGCAUGUGCGGCAAGCCAACACCAUACGCAGCUUUCACCACACCGAGCCCCUCACAGCGGAGGACCACAAACGGGCCUAUAUCUCCUUCAACAUCUCCUCCAUCCCCUUGGAUGAGAAGGACCCUCAACCCACCCUGCUCGAGACCAGACUCCUCACCGCUGAGCCUCAAAGUCAUCCAGCCGGCCGCCUUUGGGAAGCCUUCAGCCUGAAGGCAGAGCUUUUUGAUUUGGCCCUGAACGGAGCCGACCACCUAGGCUUCCUCCUGGAGGUGGUAUCAGAGAACAGCACCGGUCGGGGAGAAGGGCAACAACAUCAGGGGGGCCACUUGAGGGUGUGCAGGUCUGUGGAGCAGGAUGAGCACAGCUGGGCCCAGGAGAGGCCCCUCUUGGUGACAUAUAGUCACGACGGGCGUGGAGAGCCUUUGGUCAAGCACGGCAGGAGGAACGUCAGCGCGGUGCCCAGGAAAAGCUGGAAUAGGGACCAAAAGCGGAGCCGGUAUAAAACGUACAAAACACCGAGCUGGGGGGGCCAACCUGGAAGGGUGAAACGAAACGGCGGUCGCGCGGCCAAACUCAAGCGCCUCUCCCGCAACCGCUGCCGCCGCCAUCCCCUCUACGUGGAUUUUAACGACGUGGGCUGGCACAAGUGGAUCAUCGCGCCCAGCGGCUACGACGCGUUCUUCUGCCUGGGCGAGUGCCGCUUCCCCCUGGCCGACCACAUGAAUUCCUCCAGCCACGCCAUGGUGCAGACACUGGUCAACUCGGUCAACGGCGCCGUGCCACGGGCCUGCUGCGUACCCACAUCACUCAGCCCCAUUGCCCUGCUCUACCUGGACCCCCAGGACCGCGUGGUGCUGAAGAACUACCAGGACAUGGUGGUGGAGGGCUGCGGAUGCCGGUAGCGUGCUGAACAGAAACCGUCCUGGGAGGAAGACGAUGGUGGGAUGACGCAUAAAUGCUCUCCAGUGAGGGAAAUCUCAGCCUAAGCAUAAACGUCAGAAAAAGUUGUCCUGCUUUUCCAUUGCACGGGUACGACAAGAUGUGAAGAAGACACAAAAGUCAGACAACUUUCAACUGGGGGCGUCUACAGCAGCCAAAAUGGAGGGAGCAAAACAGCUAAAGCAGGGUACACGCAUAUAGUUAAUUGGAUCAUAUUUGAGCAUUUUGACCCCCGCAGUCAGCAAAAGGCCGAUUAUCAGAUGCCUGUGAAAGAUCACCCUGAGCGAUUGUCCUGUGUGUUCAGAGUGAUUUCCCCCCCCCCCCCCCCCCCCCCGAUUAAUCGAUUACUCAACAAAUAAACUUUACUUCUCCACAAUGACUUUUGGACUGUGAUGUCCACUAGUUGCUAGUAAGGGUCUAACCGAUGAGACAACUAGUUGACGUGUCACAAGCUGUUAAUAGGGAUUGAGUGGAUUUAUUGACAAAUCGACUAUACUGUUUCACACCGACUUUAAAUGCCUGAAGUCAACUAAUUACUAAUCAUUCGAUUUUGUCAUCCCAAACAAAUUUGAGCAUUUUUACACUCUUACAAUUAAUGUCAACAAAGGCCUGGUUAU